GUGGAUUUUAGCCGAGUGUGAGAACAGUGAAUUUACCUCAGCGAAGGUUAAACAGAGCCUGGAUCUGAGGGAAGUCGGGAAAGUUCGAUGACAGCGGGUAAUGGAGACGGUUGUGGUGUUGGAACGGUAGUUGGAGGUGGUGGCUGGGGUAGAGAGUGAAUGACGGCAGGAUUUUUAGAGCCACAAUGCGGCGGUUUUUCGGUCAGGUCGAAGAUUUAGCCUGCUAGCAUGGCAAGUUUAUGUUGACAUUGAACGUUCUGGACUGUAGACGUGUUUAUUAUGUAGUGCAUGUUGUUGAGGUGUGCUAGUCAGUGCUUAUGUGGACUUACUUGAUCAUUUCCAGUAUAAGACUGGCUGUGUAAAAUGAGCUUUACAAAUAAGACAGCGUUUAUUAGUCCAACCAGUCCUGAAAAUGGAGCCUCCGCUAUAGACAGCGCUCAUUGGGACCUGAAUACCGACGUGUUUCCGUGCUGCUACGAUGGAUCCCUGUCAGAGAGACACCUGGCGCUUCUCCACAGCCAGCAAGAGGCUAUGGAGCUGCGCCUGGAUCAGCCCUACCUCGAUAGAGGGCAGUUGGAUUACAGUGAGAACGACGGCAACGUGAGUCCACUUGAGAGCAGAAGAAAACUCCGUUCAGCUGUUCCCCGAACACGUUUUGAGAUCGUCUCAGAACUGGGCCCAGAGGAAGUACGUUGGUUUUAUAAAGAGGACAAGAAGACGUGGAAACCCUUCGUGGGGCAUGAUUCACUUCGAAUCGAGCUCAUGUACCGCCAGCUGUGCGAGCUGAACCCCAACUCGAGCUCUGCGGUACCGGACGGAGGGGAAACAUGUGACCAUGCUCCAGCUGUGUCAUCAGAAGUAACAUCCGAACCGGCCGAGCAGGUAGACCUGGACAUCAACGCCAGCAUCGAGGCUGUGUGUGUCCGAGGAGGACUUUAUGAGGUGGACGUCAGAGACAGAGAGUGCUACCCUGUGUACUGGAACCAGCAGGACCGCAUCCCGGUGAUGAGGGGACAGUGGUUUAUAGAUGGUACCUGGAUGCCCAUGGAGGAGGACGAGGGAGACCUAAUAGAAAAAGAACACCUGACCUGCUUCCGGGGCCAACAGAUGCAGGACACUUUUGAAAGCGAUGUAGUAGCCAAGACGGUGGAUAGCAAAGAUGCUAUCCACAGCUUGAAGCUAAGUCGCACUCAUGUUGACUGGCACAGUGUUGAUGAAGUGUACCUUUACAGCGAUGCCACAACCUCCAAGAUUGCCCGCACUGUCACGCAGAAGCUCGGCUUCUCGAAAGCCUCCAGCAGUGGCACCAGGCUUCAUCGGGGCUACGUAGAGGAGGCCUCUGUGGAAGAUAAGCCUCCUCAGACAACCCACAUUGUUUUUGUGGUGCAUGGCAUUGGACAGAAAAUGGACAAAGAUCGUAUUAUCAAGAACACAGGGAUGCUCCGAGAGGCUGCCAGGAAGAUGGAGGAAAAACACUUUGCUGAGCACACUGAAGAACACGUGGAGUUCCUGCCAGUGGAAUGGCGCUCUAAGCUGGCCCUCGAUGGAGACACAGUCGACUCCAUCACGCCUGAUAAGGUGCGAGGGCUGAGAGACCUACUUAACAGCAGUGCCAUGGACAUCAUGUACUACACUAGUCCUCUUUACAGAGAUGAGAUCACUAAAGGGCUUACCCAGGAACUCAACCGCCUCUACACUCUGUUCUGCACUCGGAACCCAGAGUUUGAGCAAAAUGGGGGGAAAGUCUCCAUCAUUUCCCACUCUUUGGGCUGCGUAAUUGCAUAUGACAUCAUGAUUGGCUGGGACCCCAUGCGCUUCCGCCUACAGGAUCUGCAGGUCCUCGAUGAGUAUGAGUCACGCUGGAUGAGCCAAGAGGAAAGCCAUCUGCUGGAGCAAGUGCAGCUCACCCGACACAGGUUGAGAGAACUGGAGGAUCGACUUUACAGCCUGGAAGCCACUAAACCUCUAGCUCCUGCUGCAUUAAAGUUUAAGGUUGAGAAUUACUUUUGCAUGGGCUCUCCUCUGGCUGUGUUCUUGGCCUUAAGAGGCAUUCGACCAGGUAACACAGGAUACCAGGAUCACAUCAUGCCCAAAUCCAUCUGCCAGCGCCUGUUUAACAUCUUCCACCCCACAGACCCAGUGGCUUAUAGACUAGAACCUCUUGUCUUAAAGCACUACAGCAAUGUUGCGCCUGUCCAGAUACACUGGUGUAACACGGUUAACCCUACUCCAUAUGAUGAAAUGAAACCUACGUUUAUAAACCCAGUCAAGGAUCCAACUUCAGACACCGAGAGUCUACCCAGCCCCAGCACCUCACCUGUAAUGGCACGCAGACACUACGGAGAGUCCAUCACCAAUUUGGGCAAAGCCAGCAUACUAGGUGCAGCCAGCAUUGGAAAAGGCAUAGGAGGAAUGUUGUUCUCUCGUUUCUCACGCUCUAGUAGUCAGCCAUCAGGAGUGGAUUCUGCAGCGUUGGAGAAUGAAGAGAAGAGCCAGUCAGUAGAUGGCCUGUCUACCCUGUCCCAAUCUACCUCCACCAUCAUUGACACUGCAGAUGAGAUGGAGCACCGCAUUGAUUUUGAGCUGCGAGAGGGCUUGGUUGAGAGUCGCUACUGGUCAGCGGUCACUUCUCACACAUCCUACUGGACCUCUCACGAUGUGGCCCUGUUUCUGCUGACAUUCAUUUAUAAAUCCCAAAACUCAUCAGAGACCUGCCAAGACAGUCCUGACCCUGAAUAACUACAAGAUAAAAGAAAAGGAGAAGAAAAACAAACAUCUCACAGUGAUACAAAUGCACUAAAGCACACCUCCCCCUCAUACUUUGCCUUUCGAAUGCUUUCAGAGCAAACGCUUCUUUGUCAUACGAAGACUGACUGCCGUUUUUGUUUUGCUUGUGUAGUAAAUUUUCCCAUCAAGCCAGUAA